AUGUCAUUGACUGCGGGAUUGACCACGAGCUUGAAGUGUCACAAGGAGACGUCGAUAUUACAGAAUGGUGCCGAUGGUGAAGAUCGUGCUGUGACAACUGUGGCAUUAAUUCAAGCUGAAUUUGUAAUAGCGCCGGCAGCUGAUAUCGGACCAAUACCAAAACAUGAUUUCAGAAAGAAUUCCCGCGUUCUGCUUGGGCAAGACUGGGGUCCAAGUAAUUAUAAGGUUCGGAACUACGUCAUACACCCAGAGUAUGAAGAAACUUACAACACCAUAGCUUUAAUACAACUCAGUACACCGGUAAGGAGCGAAACUUUGAAGCCUUUAUGUCCACCUCCGAUAAGAUUAAGGAAUCCAGAAUUCUAUGUAGUCAAGUUUAAAGAUGGCGACGAUUAUAAUGUUCUUCAAAAGCAAGUGUUACCAGUUACUCACAUUCAAUCGACACUGUGUCGGGAGUUUUAUGUUCGUUCCAAUUUGUAUGCCAAAAGAAUGAGACCGCCGCAUGUGGCUUGUGCUGUUUCUUUAGAAGAUAAUGUUUGCGUGUGGAACGCCGGGUCAGCAUUAGUGACGCGUGACAUAUGGGGAAGAUGGCUCUUGCUCGGUGUGGGUGUUCGCGGUCCGGGAUGUGGCGCUCCAUCCCGGUAUUUAGAUAUGAUGAGUUACUAUCCCUGGAUAGAAGACAGCCUUGACAAGUUCAAGAGAAUCAGCAUAUCGAAGAUAUCCAAACAGAAAUAUGUUCUGCGAGGAGGCACAGAGGAACCUGCAUUGAACACGGCUUACCAGAGAUUCGGAAACUGCGAUCCCGAGGAAAAAAUCAAUUUGAUAUUCAGAGAAUUCAUUUACUUACGGACAGACAACAAUCAGUAUCAGUUUUUGACGUACAAUCUAUCUAUAUAUGAAAACGUUGAGUUUUCGUGUUUGACUCUCGAACUGGUGAAUGCAUCAGCUGUUUCUGAAAUGAGGAUUAAACACGUAUGCCCAAGAGAAUCGAGAGCACCGCCAUGUUACCGAUAUAAAGGAUCCGUGUUUGAAAUAUCGUUAUACAUAAUGUUCUCGGACACAGCACGUUUUGAAAUGUACGCGUGGGGAUGGAAGAAGAAUAUGACUCUUAUAGAUAUUCACGAAUGGAAAUUGGAAGAGGGUACAUAUUACGAAGAUUUCAAUUUACAACUUAUCGAAUAUAGAGGUCCGACGCACGAGACUGAGUUUGGAUUCGAGCCAAUAAACGUAGCUAUGUGGGUCCCGGAAUACGAUAUAUGGUCUAGCAGCGAAGCUCCCGAUCCCAAUAUGACCACAACAAAGCUCGUUAAGAGAGGAAAUAACGAAUUGCCCAAAAAACAGAAGGAGAUUAAAGGCAAAGAAGUUAUGGAGAUCCCUACAGACGCCUUGGAACCAGAUAUAAAAUUAAUAGCUAAAAUGACAGGCAUACCAAAUCCUAUACCACGAUAUCAAACACCUACUAAACCUAGGACUAGCACAUUUAAAGUAGGAUAA